CUUUCUCUCCACUCACAGUCCACUCUAUAUUUCACCAUAUUUGCAUUCCAUAAAUCAUUCAUUCAUGGCAGAAUCCAGCAAACACAUCAAAAUCAUCGCUGGCGCCGAUGACUUCGGCACACCUCUCAAAGAUGCAUUACUCUCUCACCUCCGUUCCCUCAACAUCCAAGUCGAAGAUCUCGGAACCUCUUCUUACUACUCCGCCGGUGCCGUUGUCGGUCGCCGCGUCUCUCAAUCCAUCUCCUCUUCCUCCCAAGAAGUCCGCGGUCUCGUCGCCUGCGGCACCGGCGCCGGUGUUUCCAUCUUCGCCAACAAAUUCCCCGGCGUGUUCGCCGCCACUUGUCUCACCCCUUCUGACGCCGUCAACGCCCGAUCAAUCAACAACUCAAACGUCCUCGCUGUCUCCGGCAAGUAUACGUCACCGGAAACCGCAAUCGAGAUCGUGAAGACGUGGCUGAACACGCCGUUCAAGUCUCCGUGUCCUGCAAACGAUAACAAACCAUGGCCGCAAGAGAUUGAGAAUUUUCUAGAUAAAUCACUAGUUGAAAUGCCGGAAAUUGGAAAAAGCGAACCGGAACCGGUUGACUCGUGUGCGGUUUGUUGUUUGGUGAAGAACCGGGAACUGAACCCGAUCGAUUUGAUUCCUGGCGGAUCAAUGAAGAUCAUUAGAGAAACUCCGACGUCGGCGUUCGUGAGGUUUAAAGCCGGGAGCGUCGAGCCGGCACAUCAUCAUACCUUUGGACAUGAUUUAGUGGUGAUUGAAGGGAAGAAGAGUGUUUGGAAUCUGACAAAAGAAGAGAGAUAUGAUCUAACGGUUGGGGAUUACUUGUUUACACCUGCUGGUGACGUGCACAGAGUGAAAUAUCAUGAGGAUACUGAGUUUUUCAUCAAAUGGGAUAGUCAUUGGGAUAUGUUUUUUGAUGAGGAUCUUGAAACUGGGAUUGGUAGGGACAAUUCAUAGCUGCAGCAAAUUGGUGUCGUACAGGAAGCUUUGAGGUGUGGAGGUUGAUCAUGGAAGGCUCACAUCCAUUUGGUGUAAUUGUCAACCUUUAGCAGCUGCAAUAGUCAAUAAGCAGCGACAGUUGUCAUCUUUGUUACUCAAGCAAAGGUCUCAAAAAUCUUCUCCUUCAACUUGCACAAAAUCUUUUGCGACCAAUUGAGCUUUAUACUUCUCUAUCUCUCCAUUAGCCUUAUGAAUAAUCUUAUAGACCGGUCUACAAUCAACCCAUUUCUUUCCUUCUCGCAAUGGUUCAAGGGUCGAUGUGUUAUUUUCUUCUAGAACUUGAAUCUCUUGCUCCAUAGCUGCAAGCCACUCUUGUUAUUGUGCAGCUUGCACAUAAUUCUUGGGCUCAAUAUUAGAUGUAAUUGCUGCAAGAGAAGCCCUAUGCUUUGCAGAAAAGCUAUAACCGACAUAAUGAAAGAUAUGAUAGGACUUACUAGAAGAGUUUAAGGUAACCAGGUGGCUUUCUUAUUCUUUUAUCUUGCGUAAUUGUGUUGGUUCUUGGAAACCUUUAAUUUCCUCUAUAUAAUUAGAUUCCUCUUGAACUUCUCCAUGGGAUUUGAAA